AUGGCUGAUGGAGUGGAACCUCCCCCGUUCGACAACGACGAUGAAGUUAAAGAUGACGACGAUCUUUUUUCUGAUGCAAAAGAAAAGCCAUCAUCACCUGAAUCGGACAAGUCUCCAGAGGUGCAGGUAAAUGGAUCAGCUCCACAGAAUGCUAAAAAAGAUGUCAAUAAAGGAGAUGAUUUUGAUGAUGAUGACGACGAUGAUGAUCUGUUUAAAGGUGGGAGUUCUGAAAUUAAGCUAGAUUCAGAUGACGAUGAUGCCAAAGAAGAUGCCCAUAAAGUGUCCUCAGGCUCUCAACCUGCUUCAGCAGGGACAUCAGGCAGAGAAUCAAAGCCUCAGAUACCAGUUUCUGAGACAGUAACAUCAAAGACUAAAAUUGCAGCACCAUCUCUGAAAUCUGAUGAACUGUCUGAUAGCGGGGAUGAAACAGAGACGUUUGAGAUUGAGAUAAAAAUUACAGAUACCCUGAAGAUGGGAGAUGGCAUGUCAGCAUAUAUGGUUUAUAAAGUGGUUAGCAAGACAAACAGCCCUGCCUUCAGACACUCUGAGAACGCAGUACUGCGACGUUUUAGUGAUUUCCUAGGCCUACAUGAUAGGUUGGCAGAAAGGCAUGUUCCAUUAGGAGUGAUUGUGCCACCAGCUCCUGAAAAAAGUGUCUUAGGAAUGACUAAAGUAAAAAUGUCAAAAGAAGACUCUGGGUCUUCAGAAUUUAUUGAGAGACGACGAGCUGCAUUAGAAAGGUUUCUUGUAAGGACAGCAGCACACCCGGCUCUGGCUAACGACCCAGAUUUUGUAGAAUUCUUAGAGAAAGAUGGUGAUCUUCCCAAAUCCACCAGCACGUCUGCACUCAGUGGAGCUGGUGUGAUGAGGCUGUUUCACAAAGUGGGAGAAUCUUUUGACAAGAUCACUCUGAAGGUGGAAGAAAGUGAUGAG